GCGACGACAAAAGCAAAAAGUGUAAUUUGUGAACGUGUGAACUAACUUGCCUUCGGAAGUGAAACCCGAAGCUCUCUGUCCGCUUCCGUGUCCGGUUCUUCAGCGAAAGAGUUAAAUGUCUCUCUUCGGGAUGAUGAACGAUCUGGAGGAUGAUCCAAUCUUUGGACAUCACAUGCGUUCGAUGCGCCAGAUGAACAACAUGCUCAACUCACUGUUCUCCGACCCGUUCGGAAUGCUCGGGGGCGGUGGAAUGGAGAGCAUUGGUGCGGGGCCCGCUGGGUUCGGUAUGCGCCACAACGCACUGAUGCCGUUUAUGGCCCCGACCAUGGGCAUGAACCGCUUGCUGAACCCGGCCGGUGUCCCCGACAUGGGCCCUUCGUACUGCAGUAGCAGCGUUAUUUCGAUGACAUCCGGCCCGGAUGGGCCCCAGGUGUACCAGGCCACGUCAAGCACACGCACCGGACCGGGUGGCAUCAAGGAAACGCGCAAGACCGUGCAGGACAGUCGCACCGGCACGAAGAAGAUGGCCAUAGGGCAUCACAUCGGCGAGCGGGCACAUAUUAUUGAGCGCGAGCAAAAUAUGUCCACCGGCACCCAGGAGGAGCGCCAGGAUUUCAUCAACCUCGAUGACGAGGAAGCGGAAGACUUUGACCGCGAGUUCCAAAGUAAAGCGCGCAGUUCAAUGAGCCGCCGCACGCCGCACGGAAUUGGCCGCCGCACCGAACAGUUGGCCCUUCCAUCAACACAACCGGCUCCGUCGCAGCGAAUUCUUUCGAUUACGGAAGUAACGGACGACAACACGUGCGAACGCUGUGGCAAUCCGAGUGAUACAGCAAUCUGCCAGAGGUGUAACCAUAGCAACGGCAGUCCGAAUCGGAUUCCUCAGCAGCAGCAGCAGCAGCAGCAUCAGGCGUCAAAAGGGUCGCGCAGUAAUAGACAGCAGCAGCAACAACAGAGUGCGGCAAACUACGGAAGUUCCAAUCCGGUAGCCACAGCCCGUCGACCGAUUCGAUCGCCAGCGUCGUCUCCGUUGAGCAUGUCGUCGGCGCCAAUCGGUGGUGGCAGUAAUCAUCAUCACAUUACGACAAGCGUUCAUCCGCAUCCGUACAACGUAUCCGGCAGAAAGUCACGAUCGUUGAAGGGCCCCUCUUCGUCCACUACACCACAGCACCAUUAUCAGUAAUCAGGUGCGGACCGCGAGAUACGAUACACGACGUAAUCACACUCGGGGAGAAAUCUAUGACGGAGAAAGAAUGUGCGAUGAGGAGAAUGUUUUUUUUCCCGCGGAACACUGUCCCACUGAGAGUGACAGCCGCCACAUUAGUUUUACAGAAAAGCGGAGCCUCGGAGCACAAUCGGUUUGAAAUGUAUGCUGUCUUUGCUUUCCGCGCCGGGCGGAGCAUUUUUUAUUUUGCUUUCUUCCAUGUUAUCGUUUAAAUUAUCAAGGGGGCGAAUAUAGAUAAUCAAAGAUGAAAUGUGAGUUUGAUUCAGAGGAAGGAACGUACGACGACGACGAGGCUCCACUAUUUACUUUUACGUGGAAAAAGAGCGUCGCACAGCGCCAAUGCGGACGUUCACGUUUCGUUACUUUGUCCUUCGCUCACCAACCUAUACACACGUUAUGAAUUCGUUUAGUAAACAAAACAGUAGUGCUAAUGUUCGAUCUAACAUGAUUCUGUAACAAUCAAACAAAGAUAUAUGACUUGUGUACGCUAACGCUAAAAGAAAACGCGAACCCCGAGCACGCCAAUGGAUGUAAGGGAAAUACCAAAACCUCUCGAAAACCGUGUUUUGCAAGGAAGGCACGUCGGGGAUGGUCGGCAGAGGCCACGGCGCCCUGAAGUAAAAACAAAACAUGAAAUUUCUUGAAAUGACCUAGGAUCUUGAACGAAGGUGGUAGCAAGUAAGAUAAUUAUUGUGCUUUCGAGUAAGUUGAAUAUAUUUCGUGUUCUAGAGUUAAGCAACGGCUCCGCGUGGUGUGGAUGGACCGGAACCGGAGUGGAGCCAGCGGAAGGAUGGAUGAUGGCGCGGGCCAUUUGCGGAGAGAGAGCCUUGAAAAGCGGGCGCACCGUUGGUUCCUACGGGUGGUUCGCUGUCGACGUGCCGGAUAUAGUAGACACACAUUAAAAGAAACGCUCUAA